AUGCAGAGAACAAUGGAGCAAAGCAGAUACUUGAUGUGGACGAGAAGAAAACUCAGCGGGAGCCCUCAUGUCCGGGGCCUCCUCGACCCCGCCGCCAGCCCCUACAACUACUCGUGGGAGGAGCGAGCCUUUGCAGAAGACUCAGCCGGUCGCUUCGGCGGCUGCGUGUGGCCUCCGAGAUCUUACUCUUGCAGCUUCUGCAGAAGGGAAUUCCGAUCGGCACAAGCCCUAGGCGGCCACAUGAACGUCCACCGCAGGGAUCGCGCAAGGCUAAAGCUCUCUCCCAACUCCCAAAGCGAGGGCAGCCAUCAUCUCCAACCCCAGCAGCAGCAUCACAACCGUCCGAAUCCAUGUGCUCCUCUCGCUGAUCAGCCGCAGCCUGAUGGCAGCCCCAGCCCAGACGCAGUUACAUUUCCUCUGCCUCCUCUUAGGGUUUCAGCGGCUUCUACGCAGAGGAAUUACAUCGAACACACCUUCGUCUCUCCUUCCCACCGCUCUUCAUUUUCCUUGCUCAAGGAAAACCAGAUGGGAUCCUUUUUCUCCAUACCUCCAUCGUAUCCGGACCACUUUUCCCUCAGGAUUGCGGGUGCAUCCGAAAUAAAGCUGGGGAAGGGAGAUUUCAAUCUCAGAGAGAAAGGAUGUGGCGGCGAUGGGGAUGACGAUGAGGAGAGGAGAGAGGGGACCGUCAGUAGAAAGAGGAGGAGAUUUGAUGAAGAAAUCCCUUUUCUCACGGGAUCUUUAGCUGGCGACGGGAGCCCUCAAUCUGAGGUGCUCGGGCUCGGCCCUAUCCCUGUGGAGUUAGAUCUCGAGCUAAGGCUUGGAGAUCGCCCAAAGGUUAAGUAG